AUGGGUCGCGUCCGAACUAAGACCGUCAAGAAGUCCGCCAAGGUCAUCAUUGAGCGUUACUACCCCAAGUUGUCGCUCGACUUCGAGACCAACAAGAGGAUCUGUGAUGAGAUCGCCAUCAUUGCCUCCAAGAGGCUCCGAAACAAGAUUGCCGGAUACACCACUCACUUGAUGAAGCGUAUCCAGCGUGGUCCCGUCCGUGGUAUUUCCUUCAAGCUCCAAGAAGAGGAGCGUGAGCGAAAGGACCAGUACGUCCCCGAGAUCUCCGCUCUCGACUUCACCCAGAACAGCGAGUCUGGCUCGCUCGACGUCGACCAGGAGACCAAGGACCUGCUCAAGAGCAUGGGCUUCGACAGCAUCCCCACCAACGUCAUUGCCGUCUCCCAACAACAGAUUGUCGAGCGCGGUCCCCGCCGCUUCAACGACCGCCCCGCCCGCUCGUAA